AUCAACGGAAAAACGAACAUUUCAUCCGGCAUGAUAAAAAACAUGGCGGUCAUCCUCUUUGGCUUCCCUGAAAAUAGAAGAAACCACUGAUGCUUAAACCCAACACAACUAGUCCUCUCUUCUUCUUCUUCCUUCUCCAAAACUUUGAAAAAAAGAAAUCCCAGUUCCCACGAUGAUGAAACAAUUACACAAACAAACAAGCGUAAAUCACAGGAGAGACGAAGAAAUCCCAACUUCCCAAUCUUACUCUCCUAAGAUGCUAAAACACCCCAGAUCUCUCCCUAGAUCCAUUAAUUAUCUCCUCAAAGAACAGCGCCUUCUUUUCAUUCUUGUUGGCAUUUUAAUUGGUUCUACUUUCUUCAUUUUUCAGCCUACUCUCUCCCGCCUUAAUCCAUCUGAUCCAACCACCCAUUCUUCUCUCUCCUCUUCAAUUUACCAUCGCAACCAAGAUUCCUCCUCUGGGUCCUCCGGAUUUUUCUCUAAGAGGACGUUUCCAGGCCGCGUCCCAGCUGGGAUCGGCCGGAAGAGUUUGCGUAUCGUGGUUACUGGCGGGGCUGGAUUUGUUGGGAGUCAUUUGGUGGAUAAAUUGAUUUCGCGGGGUGAUGAGGUUAUCGUGAUUGAUAAUUUUUUUACAGGAAGGAAAGAGAAUUUGGUUCAUUUGUUUGGGAAUCCGAGGUUUGAAUUAAUUAGACAUGAUGUCGUUGAGCCUAUUUUGUUAGAAGUUGAUCAGAUCUAUCACUUGGCUUGUCCUGCUUCGCCAGUUCAUUAUAAAUAUAACCCAGUCAAGACUAUUAAGACUAAUGUGAUGGGAACGCUUAAUAUGUUGGGUUUGGCGAAGAGGGUAGGGGCGAGGUUUUUGCUAACCAGUACGAGUGAGGUUUAUGGAGAUCCGCUUGAGCAUCCGCAGAAGGAGACGUACUGGGGAAAUGUGAAUCCAAUAGGUGAGAGGAGUUGCUAUGAUGAAGGAAAACGGACGGCAGAAACACUAGCCAUGGAUUAUCACCGAGGUGCAGAUGUCGAGGUGCGUAUUGCUCGCAUAUUUAAUACAUAUGGGCCUCGCAUGUGUUUGGAUGAUGGACGUGUUGUCAGUAAUUUCGUUGCUCAGGUCAUUCGCAAACAGCCAAUGACUGUAUAUGGGGAUGGGAAACAAACUAGGAGCUUCCAAUAUGUUUCUGACCUGGUUGAUGGGCUGGUGGCUCUAAUGGAAGGCGAGCAUGUGGGACCUUUCAACCUUGGCAACCCAGGAGAGUUCACUAUGCUCGAGCUUGCAGAGGUUGUCAAGGAGACUAUUGAUUCAAGUGCAACAAUAGAAUUCAAACCCAACACUGCUGAUGAUCCACAUAAGAGGAAACCUGAUAUAAGUAAAGCGAAGGAGCUGCUGAAUUGGGAGCCAAGAAUUUCUUUGAGAGAAGGAUUGCCUCUCAUGGUGAAUGAUUUCCAGAAUCGCAUUUUGAAUGGAGAUGAAGGGAAAGGGCUUUAAAUAAAAUGAUCGGCAGAACUACGAUGUAUAUUGUCAAGACCUUGUCUAUAUCUUGAUUCAUUUAUUGGCUCUCUUCUGUAAUCUAUGUAUGCAUGGAAUUUAUAACAAGGUGCCACUUCAGCUGGAAGAUAUACGUGUUCGUCGUUCCUGGUACUUGUUAGCACAAAAUCAAAAUAUUAGUGUAGUUUUUCCCUUGCAGUGUUUUAAAUACCGUGUCUUAGCUUGUAUUAAAAAAAAUUCUGAAGUUUUGGUGUGGAAAACAUAGCGAUGAAGGAAUACAUAUGGUGUCAUAUCUGCGCCUUCUCUGCUCAUGUGAAACUGCUGCUCUCUUUCUGAGCCAGUCUAGAUAUGGUGGAGGCCCUGAAUAUUGCUACACAAGCCCUCUAUUUUUGUAAAAUUUAUAUCAAAGAAAGUUUAAUUUGUUUUUCCAAAGUUAAA